AUGGCGGCUGCGGUUACCUUACACCCAAGUGCAAAUAUUCAGGCGUUUUUGAAGAAAGACCUCGAUGUAAGCCGGCUGGAUAAAGUUUACGAUCUCCUCUGGUGGGCCGGCAGACAAGUACCGCCUCGCCCACUUCAUCGCUUGAAGAUGCUAGGUCGUAAGAUCGUCAUUACGGAGCAGGCUGAUCUUCAUCUCGUGUGGUCCGUGGAGAGCGUUUUCGUGAAGCCACUUCCAGACUUCUUUCUCAUCUAUUCAUUCUGGACGACCCAUAUCUGCAACGAUGAACAGUUAUAUGAGAGUGCCCGUGGGUUUGUCUUAUCUUAUAUCUGGCUGAUUCGGUACAAGAGCGACUUCGAAAUUGCCAAAGACAAAUGGCUUCUCCCGAGUGACUUAACGUGGCCUGUUUGGAGAGCUUUUGUCGAAUCUGUCUGGCAAAGAGAUGUCCCCAGCCAUCCAGGCCCGAUCAGCAAGAGAUAUAGAUAUGGGGAAUUGCGCAUUUCCAGGCUCAAUCAGAUUUACCGCUUCCGGCCUCAGUUCUUGCUUAGUCACCUAGCGCAAGGUUAUCUUUACUCGUAUUCAAGCUACGGUGGCUUUUUCAGACGGGAAUUUGCCUGGCUCAUUGUUGCAUUUGCCUAUCUUUCCAUCGUUCUGUCAGCAAUGCAAGUUGGACUUGCCACAUAUCAACUCAGGGACAAUAAAGGAUUCAACAAAGGGUCAUAUGGUUUCUCUGUCGCGUCUAUCAUUUUCCCUUUGGCUGUAACAGCAAUUGCUCUGCUACUCUAUAUUAUUCUUUGGCUAUAUCAUGUAAUCACUACCAUCUGCGCUUGCUAUUAUAAGAUUACUAAAUAA